AUGUACCAUGCCGUAUCCUAUGGGACAAUGUUACAUCUUCAGGCAACAGCAACCUUGGAACCAUCCGACCUCGAGGCAGCCACUAGACAAAUCAAACACGCCGUCAAGGUUUGUUUAACAAAGCGCCGAAAGGGAAAAUUCACUGACAACUUUUCAAAGUCUACAGCCAAAGCGAAAACCGCCUUUUAUGCUUCCUACACAGAGGACGAAGCGCAUGCGGAAUUGUGCUAUGCCGAAAGUCUCCUCCAGUGGGUUUUCCUCGCUGUGCUUCAGGACGAGAAACUUGUUACUCUCAUUAAAAGCUCCCUUAAAUUGCGCGAAUGCUACAAAUGUUAUAGAACUUGCUGGAAAAUCUACAAAAAUAAGAAGUGGGCUGAUGGCCCAUCACGUGCAGCUUUUGAAUGCGGUGUUUUCAUGGGUGUCGGAGCCUUCAAUCUGGUAUCUACUUUCCUUGCUCCCUUCGAAAGUCCUGUCCUUACUAGAAAUAGUUGGAUUUUCCGGGAAAAAGGUGAGCCGUCCCUUGGUUAUUUUUUUCUAACAUUUUUUACCGUUUCCCAGGAUCUUGGUCUUCAACUCCUCCACGAAGGCAGAAAAAUCGAACAUGGCGUUCGCGAUCCCCUCUGCGCACUUAUCAUCCUUGUGUAUGAUCUCUAUGCUACCCAAAUGACUGGUGAGAGCUUCUGUAUUUCUGACGUGUGUUGCCCAAAAAUUACUGUUUGUGACACCGCAUGCGACUCAGGUGUCGGGGUUAUUAACUUGUCUUUUCGCCUUCACGCAGAUGGUGAUGAGAUUUCAGCCUUGGAAGAAGCUCGCAGGAUUCUUCCAUCGUGUAUGAAAAAAGCGCCAGAUAGUGCCUUUUUCCUCUUCCUUAAUGGUCGCUUAGAAACACUUUGCGGGAAUUUCAAAUUGGCCCGUGAAUACUUCUUCAAGUCGAUCGAAAGCCAGUCAGAUUUUGUCAAUUUUCACCACAUCUGUUACUGGGAGUUGAUGUGGUGCCACUGUGUACAGGCCGAGUGGAUGGACGCGAUGAAGUAUGCAGAGAGGUUGACUUGCGAAAGCAAGUGGAGCCAUGCCACUUACCGCUACCUCAUGGCCGCCUUCAUAAUCCAGUUUCUCGAAGAAGAGCGCCGAGCCGCGACUGAGGGAGCGGGUAAAACUCCGCCCUCGUCACCAAUCAGUACGGAUCCCAGAGAGGAUGCUGAUGGUGGAACUUUAGCCAAACACGCAGAAGAUUUGCUUAGAAGUGUUCCUCAAAUGAUACAACGGAUAGCUGGCAAAUCUCUCCCCAUUGAGAAAUUCGCCAUGAAGAAGGCCACCCGAUACUUUGAGCAAGGAAAUCGCUUGACCCUUCCUGGUCUGGAACUCAUGUAUCUAUGGAACGGCUUCAAACUCAUUAGCAACAAAAAAGAACUCAUCAGCAAAUUUCUUCUAACAAUCGAGGCCAAAAUCCAGAACCUUGUAACAAACAAAAAUUCCAUAGUGAACUUCACAGACGAUUUCUGUAUGGCAACCCUGCUGAAGGGCGUGUGUCUUCGCUGCUUGAAAAAGAAUUUCCAAGCUAAAAUGUGUUUCACUGAGGUCCUCAUGAACGAGAAAGCUAUUCGCCAGGAUAAGUACGUGCUGCCCUUCAGUGAGGUAGAACUCUGCCAAAUCGCUAUGCAUGAAGGGGAACUGGACGAGGCGAAACGGCACCUCGAUAAAGCCUGGACUUACACGAAGUACAGUCUUGAAGCUCGCCUCCACUUCCGUCUGCACUCCCUUACGGCGCUGUUGAAGGAGAAGAAGACCUCAAAAUUGGUCUGCAAAAGCUUAGAGGCCUCGCCAGCCGGUUCCUGGCACAAUGGGCUAAACCAGUCAGAAGACGGCGAAGACAACCCCUUCAAUAUCCAAUUCGAUCCAAAAUUAGAUAACAUGGACGACGCGCCCAUCACCUUGGAAUUGUACGUCUUUAUGCAAUCCGUUUGGGUGCUUAUGUUCAUUACAUGA